CAUUAGGUCGCAUCAUCAACGGAGAAAAAAUGAACAAGUUGCAAAUACCAUGGAUUGUUUACGUCAGCACAACCUUAAGAGACGAGAACGGCCAAGAUCAGAUGCUACGCUGUGGUGGAAGCAUUUUAACAAACAAGGUCAUAUUAACAGCGGCACACUGUUUGAAGCUUCCUGAACGUAGCUUGGUUGACGCCACCGUCUACUACAACACAAGCGAAGCCUCGGGAGGACAUAAGGCUCCAGUGCAUCGAGUUAUUAUGCACCCCAAAUACAAAGAAAUCAACCAAGGAUACGACAUUGCUUUGAUGAGUCUGGCGGAUCCACUUCGUUAUGACCGAUACGUGAGGCCUAUCUGCUUACCGAAGAAAACUAGACCACUUGCCGGAAGGCCUGUUAUGGCUGCAGGCUGGGGAUACACAAAUCCAGGUAAAUAGAGACAAU